AUCAUCAUCAGCAUCAGCAGCAGCAUAAUUUGGUUGGUUGAUGCCGCAUGAGGACACGGAGCCAUGCAAUCCUGUUGCUGCCUUUUGUUCUUCUGCAAGCGCUUGGUGUUCUCGCCGGAGAUACGAUGUCGCCGGGCACGUCGAUCUCGCGUGGGGAGAAUUUAACCUCCGCCAGGAACGUAUUCGUGCUUGGAUUCUUCAGCCGCGGCGCGUCGACCGCCUACUACCUCGGCAUCUGGUACGCAGUUGAUCCACGAGCAGUCGUUUGGGUCGCCAACAGAAACGCCUCCCUGACAUCCUCCGCCGGAGGGGAACUGACCCUCACUGACUCCGGCGAGCUUUUCCUCAGCAACAACGCCACCGGCAGGAUCGUCUGGAACGCAAGCAGAGUUACCCCGUCCGCUGCCCAAAACCCUGUUCUUCUGAGGCUCCUCGACUCGGGGAAUCUCAUCCUCACCAACGUCUCCGACAACGCGACUCUGUGGCAGAGCUUCGACGAGCCAUGCGACACUUCCCUCCCUGGCGUGAAGCUCGGUACGUUGAAUCUUCCGUCCGGCGCCGAAUCUCGGCGGCGGCUGGUGUCGUGGAGGAACGCCACCGACCCUUCUCCGGGAGACUACGUGUACGAGAUGGCUGAUGGCUGCGUGCCGGAGUUCUACCUCCGGCGGGGGGAGCAGGUGAUCUUCCGGACCGGGCCGUGGAACGGCGACACGUUUAGCGGCUACCCAGACUUGGUACAGAACAGCCGCUUGAAUUACACCUUCGUUUUGAAUGGGUCCCGGGCCUAUUACUACACGACCGAACCGCCCGGUUCGAGGGUUCUGAGCCGGGCCGUGGUGAACCCGGCCACCGGUCACUACGAGCGGUGGAGUCGGAAUUUGGACCAGGGCGAGUGGAGCCUUAAUUGGAGCGUGCCGCAGGAUCAAUGCGACAGCUACGCCAAGUGCGGAGCCAACGGUGUCUGCAGCGUGAUCUACACCACCGUUUCCUGCGUUUGUCUGGAAGGCUUCGCGGAGGCGAAUGACGGGAGCAGGUGCGAGAGGAGGAGGAAUUUGAGUUGUGCGUCGGACAAGUUUUGGCCGGUGCAGCACGUGAAGCUGCCGGACACUGCAAACGCCAUGGCGGUCGGAGGGGCGAGUGGGUUGUCCGAGUGCCGCGAUUGGUGCUCGAGGAAUUGCUCCUGCUCGGCGUACGCAUGGGUUGGGCCGAGCGGGUGCGUGGCUUGGACCGGCGACUUGUGGGAUCUGAGGGCGUUCCCGCAGAAAGGAAAUGAUGAAUUGUUUGUGCGCCUUUCGGCUUCAGAGUUUGGCAGUGAUAGAAAGACUGUUUUAUUUAUUACCAUUCCUUUGGUGGUGGGUUUUCUUCUAAUGCUCUGCCUAGGCCUACUUAUAUGGAGAAGAAGAUAUAGAAGAAAGCAAGGUUCUUUACGAAAUGGCACCGCGGCAUCUGCUAAGAUUGCUUGCUCAGAAUUGGACUUGUCAAAGACGACGGAACCCGGCAAAUCUCUAGGUUCAAACAACCCAUCCCACUGGGAACGUGCAAGACAGGUUUCCACGAGUUAUUCUGAUUCAUCUGAUCCACAGCCGUAUUCAAUCAUCUCUGAUCGCAUUGGAAUAAGGGAUGGGGCUGAAGGCCAAGUAAACAUAGCAUCAGCAUUGCCUUCCUUUGAUUUGCCUACCAUAAUAGCUGCAACCAAUGAUUUCUCUGAUGUUAACAAACUUGGAGAAGGUGGAUUUGGUGUUGUUUACAUGGGUCAAUUGCAAGAUGGACAAAGAAUAGCUGUCAAGAAGUUGUCACGAUGCUCGUCACAAGGUCCAGAUGAGUUCAGAAAUGAGCUUACACUAAUCGCUAAUUUACAGCAUAGAAAUCUUGUCCGGCUUCUUGGUUAUUGUAUUGAUGGAGAUGAGCGAAUACUAAUUUUGGAGUACAUGGAGAAAAAGAGUUUAGAUGGCUUCAUAUUUGACAAAAGCCAAGGUGCAUCAUUGAACUGGCAAAAACGUCUUGACAUUAUUGUUGGGAUUGCUCGAGGACUUUUAUACUUGCAUCAAGAUUCUAAUUUGCGUGUGGUUCAUCGUGACCUGAAGCUGAGCAACAUCCUACUUGACAAGGACAUGACCCCAAAAAUAUCAGACUUUGGGAUAGCAAGAAUAUUUCAAGGAGAUGCAUUUAAUGAGACUGCCACCUCAAGACCAAUUGGGACAUUUGGAUACAUGGCGCCUGAGUACAUAACAAGUGGAAUCUUUUCGUGCAAAUCUGAUGUUUUCAGCUUCGGUGUUCUAGUGUUGGAAAUUCUAAGUGGUAAAAGGAACAGAGUUUUCAAUCAAGCUGAUGCACAGUUGAAUCUUUUAGGCCAUGCAUAUAAGCUAUGGAAAGAAGGCCGAUCCUUGGACAUUCUGGACGGAACAUUGGAUUGCUCAUAUCCCCCUGCGGAAAUUCUUCGUUGCAUCCGAAUGGCUCUUUUGUGUGUGCAAGGAAAUAGGGAAGACAGGCCAACAAUGGCAGAGGUGGUGAUGAUGUUGGCAAGUGACGACCUGUUGCUAACUCCACUCAAGCAGCCCACCCUCAUAGUAAUGAAUAAUGAAGAAGAAUUUUCUUUUUCUAAGGAAAUUAGCGCCACACUCACUGGACGAUAAAACAUAUUGCUACAGAACUUCCUACGAUGAGUGGCACCAUUGAAACCUCAAAUCCUGUAAUUGUACAUUGCAAGUAGGAAUGACUAGUAGAAUUAUAGGAUGUUGGCAAACUAAUUGGUGUUUGCCAACGUUGGGUGAUGGUGGAUAGGAUUGACUUUGUUUAUUUAUUAUUUUGUUUUCUCAUGAUGAAUUGUUGUAAAUAAUCACAGCAAAGUGGACUUGUUUUAUACUUCUCUCUUCUUUGGGAGGUUGCCAUUCCAAGUUCAUGUCAAAAUGUCUAAUGAGAAGUGUAUGAUAU